CGCUCCGGGGCUUUCAGGUGAGGUCCAGGUGGGCUCGGCAGGUGUGUCUCCGCGGGAUGCUCCCGCCCUGAGCUCUGUUGGGAGAUGCUGCCGUCCGGGACCUCCAGGCGGGACAAAGCGGCGGUCCGAGAGCGGUUGGAGGCCUCCGUGUCCGGGCUUGGGGAGCUGGAGCUCCUGCGGCGGCGGCAAGAGGUGCUGGUCCGGGCCGCGCUGGAGCUCCGGGAGCCGCGAGAGGAGGAGGAGCGGCAACGGCGAGAGGCUCAGCUGAGCUCGGAGGAGAAACUGCUGGAGGGGAACAUCCUGCUGCUCCGGAAACAGCUGAACUGUUUGAGGAGGCGGGACGCCGGCCUCAUUGCUCAGCUGCAGGAGCUCGACCGACAAAUCAGUGACCUGCGAUUGGACACUGGGACGUCACAUGAGCCCGACAGCCGACCGAGCUCAGGUUUCUACGACCUCAGCGACGCCGUGUCCGGCUCGCUCUCCAACUCGUCUAACUCGGUCUUCAGCGAAUGUUUCUGCUCGACGGCCGACGCCGACGGACGCCUGCCGUCCACAGAUGAGCUGGCCAGCUGUUUGGAGUGUGACGUCCUGGUUGGAGGGCUUUGUGAUGAGUCAUCGUCUUCUGGCACGGUCCGCCGCUCGCUCUCGGCUCCAAACCCGCCCACUGUGGAUGCAGCCUCGUCCUUUCUUUCCACUGAGCCUCAGUCUAAAUACCACUGUGACCUGGUGGCCCGAAAUGGCAACGAUGUUUAUCGCUACCCGAGUCCUCUGCACGCCGUGGUGGUCCAAAGCCCCGCCUUUCUGCAGAUGUUGGGUUUCGGAGGUCCCGGCAGAGAUGAGGCAGACACCUCAGCUCUUCCCCCCUCUGUUUCAGCCCCCCAUGUAUCUCAGAGCUACUCCUGGCCGGCCUCCUCCUCACAGACUCCUUCCCAUAAGCGACUGGACAGCUACAUCUACAGUCUGCUCCAGAGGAAGGCCCAGCCAAUCAGGACCAGCAAACCCAGGACCAGCAUCAGCACCGACCCCUCAAAGAGCAUCCUCAGGCAGGCUAGUCUGUGUGUGAGGCAGGUGUCCGGCCCUGGCUCUGGUUUUGGGACUCUGAGUGCAUCCGAAUUUAAAGCCUUGUGGACGGCUAGAGGAACAUCGGCAGAGGGAGCUGGGACCUCGUCUCCACAGAGGCAGUGGUCUGUGGACGGGAAACUGGAGGAGCAGGAGACCCAGAGCGUACUGAAGGAUGGCGGCUUUGAGGCGACGCACGAUGGCUUCAGGAGGGGCAGCGGCGAGUCCGGCUCUCCUCUUCGGUACGACGUACAGAGCAGCUGCACUGCCAACAACCAUGACAGCAGCACCAACAGUCUGAGAAAGAAGAGCAAAGCAGAUCUUCCUCACGCCACGCUGUCUGCCAAAACUCUCCCUAAAAACUUCAGGGACCUGGGCAGUCCCAAAGCUAACCCCGCCCCCAAUGAGGUCAAACCGCCAUGUUGCCCGGACCAGGAGAUGUUCCUGAAAUCUGCUCCAGUCAUGAAAACACAGUCGAGUACUCCCAGGAAUAGUCCAGGAACAGGAAGGUCAGCACUGGAGCUCACCAGUGUGGGGUCCUCCUCCCAGAGUCAGGACGAAGCAGCCGCCGAAGGAGGAAGCUGUCACACGGUUACCAACAGGUAUGUCCCCGCCCACCAGCACAGACUUCGCAAGGGCGGCUUCAAGAAUGUGAAGGUGAGGAGCUCAUUGAUGAAGACGAGUCAUGUCUCUGAGCACAGCGAGCCUCCACCAGAGAGAAGACAGGACAAACUCCGCCACAGGUCCCGCCUCCUGGAAGAUGGAGGCUCCGCCCACGUUAAAGUCUCCAAGAGAUUUGCUUCCUCAAGAAUAAAGCGCCUACCUGCAUCCAUCCCAGAAGGCAGAGUGCUGGACAGACAGCCCCCAUCGGCACUACACGGCGCACGACCGAGCAUAUCCAAGCACCAUCACCAUGGAAACCAUCACUGCUGCAGUGGUAACCACCACCAUCACCACGGACGCAACCAGGUCGUGGUCGUGGCCAAACCAAAGUACAAAAGGAACGAUUACCGGCGGUUACGAGCCAUGAUGGAAGUCCCGUACGACGAGGCGUUUAGACGUGCUCAGCGGCGUCAGAGAAAGGAGCUGCUGAACAGCAGCGUGUACCCGCCCGCCGGAGCGCGGCUGACCAGCCCGUACUCAUACACAGCAGGAAGUGACUCCGAGUACUCAGCUGAGUGCGCCUCACUCUUUCACUCCACCAUCGUGGACACCAGUGAAGACGAGAGGUCGAACUACACCACAAACUGCUUUGGAGACAGCGAGUCCAGUGAGGAGUGCGUGGAGGAGAGCACCAACACCAGCGAUACGGAGGAGAGUGGUGGGGGAGGCAUGGGCAGGGGGCGGGCCAGCUGGGGGAGCUGGGGUCAGGCGACGGGGCAGGAAAUUAUGUCAGCUCAGGCAAAGGCUUUUGUUAAGAUUAAGGCAUCUCACAACCUGAAGAAGAAGAUCCUGCGAUUCAGGUCGGGCUCGCUGAAGCUCAUGACCACCGUGUAACCUCCCAGACUGGACCGUAGCCACACCUGCCUUACCCACGUGCCUCAGGUGGGCCUGACCCAAACCCAGUUUACCCAGCCAGACCCGACUCUUUCCAACACUAACCCGGUGGACAGACGCAGGGUGGCGGCACAGUUUGGUUCACCUGGUUUAUCUGUUGAUUCCCUACAAAUAAACCGUUCUGAUUGGA